UGUGACCAUGGAGGAAGCUGAGCUCUGCUUCCCACAGCUCCUCAACGCCUCGUGCAAAAGGCCGACGCAGCAUCAAGCUGAGAGCGUUUUCAUUUCCGUCCUGCUGUCCUGCAUCUCUCUGCUCACAGCAGUUCUCAACCUGCUGGUCAUCAUCUCCAUCUCACACUUUAGGCAGCUCCACACUCCCACCAACCUCCUCCUCCUCUCUCUGGCCGUCUCUGACUUCCUUGUCGGCUUUCUGCUGAUGCCGUUUAGAAUCUUCCUGAUAGGAAGCUGCUGGUUUUUAGGGAAGUUCAUGUGUGGAUUUUUUCAAUAUGCGUCCUUCAUCAUCACAUCAUCGUCUGUGGGAAACAUGGUGCUGAUUUCAGUGGACCGAUACGUGGCCAUUCAUGACCCUUUGACUUACACCACUAUGGUCACACAGAGAAGAGUUCGAGUGUGUGUGUAUCUGUGUUGGGCCUGCUCUGUCUCCUAUAAUGGUGUCGUACUCAAUACUUUUUUGAAAAAUCCAAACGCAUAUAACUCCUGCUAUGGGGAGUGUGUGGCUGUCAUCAACUAUGUAACAGGAGCUGUAGACGUUGUGUUGACAUUUAUUGGUCCCAUCACAGUCAUCAUUGUUCUGUAUGUGAGAGUCUUUGUUGUUGCUGUGUCUCAGGCUCGAGCCAUGAGGUCUCAGAUCGUGUCGCUCCAGGGUUCGAUUUGUGUAGUUUCUCAGAAGUCAGAGAGGAAAGCAGCUAAGACUCUGGGAGUGGUAGUGGUUGUGUUCCUGGUCUGCUUCUGUCCGUACUUCUACCCGUCUCUGGUGGGUGAGGACACGUCUCCAUCCACCACAGCAGCAUUUUCUGUUUUUGGUGUGUGGCUGCUUUACUGUAACUCCUGCAUGAAUCCAGUCAUUUAUGCUUAUUUCUACCCCUGGUUCAGAAAAUCUAUCAGAUUCAUUGUUACUCUGCAGAUACUGAAGCCUGGCUCCUGUGACGCCAACAUGCUGCAGUAGAGACGUGGCUCAUGUAAAACAAGGGAAAUGUUUGUGUCCUAAAUCAAGCACACUUUACAGUUUCUAGAUUUGAUGUCUUUGUCACAGAUUCAGCGUCUUAGUCAUGACGCAUCCCAGUUCUGGUUUUAUUUUGUUAGUUCCUGUCUCCAACUGUCGUUUUGUUUUGCUCAUGUCCUGCUUUAUUUCUGGUCAUGCAGUGUCCCAGCUGCAACCUUUAAUCACUAACCCAGUACUCUAUAUUAGCUCCAACAUUCACCCUGUUUAGUGAGAUUCAGACUGUCUGUGUUUCCAUGCCAGCAAUCCAGUUCUCUUUUUGUGUAAGUCUAGCUCGUGUUUUGACCUCUGAUUCUGCCUUGACAUUGUCUUACCU